GCGGCGCGGCGCAUGCGCAGCAGCGCGGCUGUCAGUUCCGGCCGCAGGUCGGGAAGUGGGCCCGGGCCCGCCGCCGCCCCCCCCCUCAGCUCCGGUUCCCCCCCCCCCGCCUCCCGCCCGCCGCCGCCGCCGCCGCCCCCGGCCAUGGCCCGGGACUACGACCACCUCUUCAAGCUGCUCAUCAUCGGCGACAGCGGUGUGGGCAAGAGCAGUUUGCUGUUGCGCUUUGCAGAUAAUACCUUCUCAGGCAGCUACAUUACCACAAUCGGAGUGGAUUUUAAAAUCCGGACGGUGGAGAUCAAUGGAGAGAAAGUGAAGCUACAGAUCUGGGACACAGCUGGACAGGAGCGCUUCCGGACCAUCACAUCAACGUAUUACAGAGGAACGCAUGGGGUCAUUGUUGUCUAUGAUGUAACCAGUGCAGAAUCUUUUGUGAAUGUAAAACGGUGGUUGCAUGAAAUUAAUCAAAAUUGUGAUGAUGUCUGCCGGAUACUAGUGGGGAAUAAAAAUGAUGACCCGGAACGAAAAGUGGUAGAAACAGAAGAUGCCUAUAAAUUUGCUGGGCAGAUGGAGAUCCAAUUGUUUGAGACCAGCGCCAAAGAAAAUAUUAAUGUGGAAGAGAUGUUUAAUUGCAUUACAGAGCUAGUUCUGCGAGCAAAGAAAGAAAACAUAGCAAAGCAGCAACAGCAGCAACAGAAUGACGUGGUGAAGCUAACGAAGAACAGUAAAAGGAAGAAGCGGUGCUGCUAAUGCCCUUUCCCUGCUGCAGAGACUCUGCUCUGACAGAUCAGCCCCUCCAGCUAGACUCGGGCAAUUCCACUGGGGCAGGCUUUGGGAGGACUUUCUCAGUUUUGUGCCGUUAUUUAAAGAUUAUUUUCUCUCCAUGUUUUCUAUCAAGAGGCGCUGGCACCUUGCCACUUCAGUGCCAAGAAGGUAUCGGAUGGAAUCUUGCCCCCUUCUCCUCCCCUGCUCAUUCCAGUGCGCCUUGUAGACAAGAAAGGACGUUGCCUACCAAGUGGACUAAUUAACCCAAGAGUUUGUAUAUAAUGUAUAUUGCUUUAACCAGCCUCGCCUCCCUGUUGUCGCUUUGGCUUAUGCCUUCUUAAUGUCAACCAAUCAUGGACUGCAGAGUUCACCUUUUUAAAGAAGUAGUACAAAGUUCUUAAUUCGAGUCGGCCCCAGGCUGGCAGGAACUGCUUCCUGGGGCCUCCGGCUUCAUUUCUGUUGGGCUCCAGGCUGGCAACUGGUGCCCCUGGGGCCUGUGGCUUCACUUUGAGUUCCAGGCUUUUACUGGGGCUCAGGCUUUGUUUUUCUAGGUACCAGGAUCGCAGGUGUUGCUGCUGGAGCCUGGGGUUUCACUUCACCAGCCCCUGGGCCGGCAGCUGGUGCUGCUGCUGGGGCCUUGAAUUUCAGUUUGCCAUGGUCCAGGUUUGUGGCUGCAUCCUUGGGUUUCACCUUUUUGUGCUGCAGCCCAGCCGUACCUGUGCUCUCCUUCAGUUUGUAUCAAGAUAUUGAAAAACAAACCAACAUGCAGAAGUGGGAUUUAUUUGGAUAAGACUUUUUUUUUUUAAGGCAAAAUUAAACUCCUUUGACCUCUG